GCGAGUCGCUGAGGAAAUGAAUGAUAGGUAUGUGGUAAUUCAGCUUUUGCAUUGAGUCUUCCGGAUAUGUAAAAGGUGAUGCUCGAAGCUCCGUUCUGAAUUCUUUACUCGCUUUACGUACUCGAUUUAAAAAUUCAUGUUGUGUCCAAUAUUCUACAAAAGAUUGGGAAAUCAAGUCGGAUACCAGAUCCGCAUGGAAUCAAAGCGAAGCAAGUACACAAAACUCUUGUUUUGCACCACUGGGGUCAUCCUGCGAAGGCUCCAGGACGACAAUGAUCUGAAAUCUCUAACGCACAUAAUUGUGGACGAAGUUCAUGAACGGCAGGUGCAGACUGACGUCUUAUUGAUUGCCUUGAGGCAACUACUGGAGACCUCUCGUAGAGAUUUAAAAGUGAUACUGGUACGUUCAUGUAUGUUUUUCGUCAGCUUUACCAUGCUAUUCAUUCUUCCGAUGGGACUUAAACAAUUGUUAUGCUGGUUUUGCUUUUGAAGAUGUCUGCGACGUUGGAUUCCGAUCUGUUUUCAAAUUUCUUUUCUAAUGCACCCGUUAUCAAAGUCCCUGGUCGAACAUUCCCUGUCAGCAACUACUACCUCGAAGAUCUUUUAGAUGCCUCAGGCCAUAUUAUCGAAGAAGGAUCUCGAUAUGCGUUUCGAGAGUACCAAAAGGCCGAAACGACAACUUUAUGGAUAUCAGGACAAGGUGGAGAAAAACACCGAGAGAUGGUUGAUUUGGCCCAAAGAGACACCGAAGUAUCCGGUAUAUAUUCUGGCUACAGUAUGCCCACACAAUUAUCCUUAGAGCGCGUGGAUGAAUCCAUUCUGAACUACGACUUAAUCGAGGAUAUCAUUCAGCUACUUUUCGUUCACCCAGAGAGAAAUUCGACUCUACUGGCUCCCGAUGGUGCAGACAUUUCGAAUGGAUCGGUACUCAUUUUCUUACCAGGAAUUGGCGAGAUUCGUUCGUUAAUGGAUCGGUUGUCAGCGAACAGGACACUAGGUAAUAAAUCGAAGUUCAGCAUAAUUCCUCUUCAUUCAAAGCUAUCGUCGAUCGAUCAACGCAAGGCCUUUCUUCCAGUCAAAGUCGGUUGCAGGAAAAUCAUUCUGAGGUAAGCAUGCUGGACUGGUCUCUUGCUUUCUUACUUUUUUGCAAUCAACACUCGUGCUAACGAAUUCGAAUGGUUCAAAAAUUUUCUAGCACAAAUAUUGCCGAAACAAGUGUAACGAUACAGGAUGUUGUUGUUGGUGAGUUAACUACUACUAUCGAUAAAAUUGAAACAUAUUCAAUUGGUUUUACUUGGUCCGAUAUUCAUUCUGACAAUCUUUGUUUGAAUAGUAAUUGAUUGUGGAAGAGAGCGAGAGGUUCGGCGAAACAAAAGAACUUCAACUUCGAUUCUUGUUACGGAUUGGUGCUCGAAAGCAAAUACAAAACAACGUGCUGGGCGGGCAGGGCGGGUUCAGCCGGGACUUUGUUUGAAACUUUUCUCCUCUAAGACUGCCGAAAUGAUGAAGAACACCAGCGAACCUGAACUGAAGAGAGUCCCAUUGGAAGAAGUUUGUCUCUCGAUUCUCGCCUUUGGUUUAGGUAAGGACUGCGAGUUUUUUUUGCGGCAGGCGCCUCAACCGCCUUCCGAUGAUUCUAUCCAAUCUGCACUCUCUGUGUUAGAAGAAGUCGGUGCCAUCACCUCGGAGCGAAACUUUUUGACACCGCUUGGACAUCACCUGGCGAAACUCCCUGUUGAUGUUCGACUUGGAAAGAUGCUGGUGUUUGGUUCACUCUUUCGAUGUCUGGAUAAAGUGUUGACUAUUGCGGCAUCUUUAUCCUCCAAAUCUCCUUUUGCAACUUUUCUGCAAGACGCUACAACAGCUAAAGCCAAGCACAAACAAUUCGAAGAUCCCGAUUCAGAUUUUGCUACUCUUUGUAACGUAUGGGAAGGUUACAAUGCUGCUAGAUCGAAAUCCAAAAAGGAUGGUCGUUCAUAUUGCCAGUCAAAUUAUCUCAACCAGUCAUCAAUGCACGAAAUUGCUACCGCGAGAAAAGACUUCUUCAAUUUACUCUCCGGGAUUGGCUUCGUUGAAAAGGGAAAUUCAUCGCCAUCAUUCUUUGGUUCUGAAGAUUGGGAAACGAAUCCAAUAAAUCGGAAUGCGAAAAAUUGGACAUUGGUGCAUGCGGUUGUGUUUGCAGGGCUGAAUCCCAAUGUAGCUCGAUUAGAGGACUCCACUCUCGGUUCGUACACACUUUGGAGCAGAGACCAGCAAAUAUAUUUCCAUCGAACAUCAGUAAACGCCUCUAAGAAACGGUUCUUGAAGAACCAAAAUUGGGUGGUAUUCUUCGAAAAGUUCGGCACACCAAACCGUAUUAGUGUGACCACCACGUGUUUUGUCAACUCUGUACCGUUGCUUUUAUUUGGGGGUCCUCUGUUGGUCAAACACACGGAUCGACUAGUAGUCGUGGACGGAUGGAUGGAAAUCGAAAUGGCUGCUCAAAUUGGGGUCAUUAUGAAAGAAUUACGGAGACAAGUUGAGAGCUUACUGCUGAAGCUCAUAGUCAUUCAAGAUAGUGGCAAUCCGGACAGGAGAGAGAAAGAAAUCAUUGACAGCAUUGUUGAUAUCCUUUCUCAAACAUCAUCAGGAUGAUAGGAGGACUAUUUUAGUACCUGUUAGAGCACUACUAGCACUACUGCUACUAGUACUACUAGUAAUCCUGCUGCUAUGAUCAUCAUAGUCCGGUACUAGGAUUAUUACUUGAAAGAUUGACUUUCGCAAGUUCUGAUACUGGUACUAUCGUACGGUAGUAAUAUCAAUAGUAUUGGUAAAAGUAUUAGUAGAAGUAUUAGUACUUACUGUACUACACAGAUGGAUUCUUUAUUCUCACGCUACGAGUCGUACUAGUAGGAGCUCUCACUCUUCAGAAUCAAAUUACGAAUCUAAGCAGCUGCCGAUAUCAUCUCUCUUCUUGGCUUUUGUGUUUUCAUCGAUUUUAAUUGGUUCGCCGAAUCGGAAUCAUUCGAGCCGCGACUCGCUCAUGGGAACCACGUCACCCCCCAUUUAUUAUUAUUAUCGGGUGCGCCACAACGCAGACACAUCCCCUUUACCGUUAUCGAACAAUCUGUCGUAGACUUCUAAUCAUGAUGUGAGUUACCGUACCGUACGGUGCAGGAAGUUUUUUGGUCAGAAAAGAACAACUCCAACUCCAACACAACUCACUCCAACCGACAACGAAUUCUAACCGAAGAUUCGAUCAAAAACAACCGUUGCUGUUAUUGUUACAAAAAGCAUAUUCGAAUAAAAUUUGAACCGAACAUGAGAGCACUGCUAUCGGUCUUAGCGUUCCUUUCCGUCGUGUCCUUGGCUGAGGCUUGGGUUUCGCCGGGUUUAUCUGCCGGGAACAAGAAGCCAAGUACCAGGCUAAAAGAUGUGGUCGAUGGGAAUAUGCAAUGGUAUAGCGGCACGUCGUCGUCACCCGGCAGAGCAUAUUCUUCGAGGACUUCUCCCACCGUCACCCAGGAUGCCAUCAACCGCAAGUUGCUCAAUGCCGCUGAGCGCUUUAUGAAGUUUCAGAGUGGUUAUUUCAGCCCCAUGAUGCCGAACGUCAACAACGUCAACAUGAACAACUACAACAACAACUAUGAUUACAACAGGAACAUGAAUUAUGGGCGCUACGGGAACGACUACGGUGGUUACUACGACAAUAACAACAACUUUAUCCCGUACAACGACCCCAGCAGUAUUCUCGCCGACGAUUUUGUCUUUCGAGGCCCAGUUAUAGGGCCACUGAAUAAAUGGGAUUACAUGGACGUCCUGGCGUAUUUUAAGGUCUACGAAGCCUUCCCCGACAUUAACCCAAACUGCUAUGGUUUCAGUGUUGACGUUGUGAACCCCCUCAAGGUGCGGUUUUUCGUCAAGGCCACGGGGACCUACCAGAGACCGCUCGGCGGGUUUAUGGGGAAGGUCGGAACGAUACUAAACAAACCUGACGGACGCGAGUACGUUGGUUCCACGGAAGCCUGGUCAAUCACUUUUAACGACCUGGAUCGCAUGCAGGUAAAGCACAUCUCUGCGGGCUACGUGGUGGAUCGCUUCGAGGACCGAGGCACCCUGUGCACGACGGACGGGAAGGGACUGAUCAUGGGUGUGUUAAACACUAUCGGCAUUGAUUUUUUGCCAAGCCAGCCCGAGAGCACUUCACUGAAAAUGAUGCAGUGGGCGGCGGGGCGCUUUUCGAAAAACGGUGUCCCAGACGCUUUGUUCCCCAAGGUGUUCUCGUCGUCGAAAGAGCUCCCACCGUGGUGGAGAGACAAACGAAAGGGUGCUAAAUAAUCAGUGAGCAGAAGGACGGAGAUACAAAGGAGGGGAAAAAACACGGAAACAGACAAACGAACAAAGAAGCUCAAUGAUUGGAUUUGGGGGUUUUGGCUUUGUACAAUAAUUUUGACAACCUAGA